AUGACCACUCAUAAGGGACCAAUAAGUGAUCCAACCAUAAAAAUGAAACCUUCAGAAACCUUAUAUAAGUACAUAACAAAGCUGAAAGUACCAUUAGAAGGUCUUCCUCCUGGUAUUCAUGCAUUAAUAACAAAAAGUAAAGAAACAUGUCAUUCUGAAACUUCUACUACACAUUCUCAUCUUUUGGUUGCUGAAGAUAUAGAAAAAAUCAAAUACCUUGAAGAAAGGAUGGGUAAGAACCUGUCAUACUCUGUACCUAAGGCUGAUAAAACAAAAGUUGUCGAUAAGAUCUUAACAGUUCCAGAUUUGAAGUGGCUGUAUGACCAUUGCGUAGAAGAAAAUAAGCAGAAUGCUGAAAAGAUAUAUUUUCAUGAACUGAUAGAAGGGUCAGAAAUGUUACUACCACCAAAUCAACAAAUUCCUAGAAACCCUGAAGUGGAGAAGAGAUGUGAGAGGUUGAGAAUUGCACAAGAGAAUGAAAAAUAUAGGAAUAUGACCAAAAAUGUGGAUUCAGUUAGAAAAAAAUUGCCAGAAGACACACUAGGAUAUCAAAUGAAAGAGAUGAAUAAACAGCUCAUAGCAAUAUUCCAGUUUAUUGUCUCGGUGGCUGCUGGUUUUGCAUUUGGUUUUAUCGGAGUUGAAGUUUUGGUGGGACCUUUAGACUUUGGAUUCAAGCUUUUAUUAGGAAUUAUAUUCGCUCUCAUUAUUGCUUUGGCAGAACUGUAUUUCUUAGCUAAAAAGUUGAGCGAAGAUUUCAAGGAACCGGAUAUUCAGAAAGGAAAGACCAAAGUUGAUUGAUUUAGAGACUGCUUUCAAUUCAACGAUUCUCUACUUUGUCACAGGACAAGCUCACGUUUCUUUUCCAAUCUUUACUGAAUUUUAACUUUUAUCAAGUGAUAUUUGCUUCUAUGCUUUUUAAUGAAAUCGGAAUAUUUGAUGUAAAUGGAAUGUAGUAACAUUUAGUUAUGAUCAGUAUUUUAUUCUUCAUAAGCAAUAAACAUUUCCAGAACUAGCUCAAAGACCUUAGGAAUGGUUGUUUUGCUUUUAUGGUUCAAUUUUUUUACUGUUGAUUCAGCACCCUUGUGAUUUUCUUGUUGAUAAUUUUUGUUUAUUAUUGUAUUUGAUCAUAAUUUCUUACAUUGUUCAAGGCAAUUAUAAUUUUCAUUUUAGAAUGAAAUAGUUUUUAUAUACUCGGAAUUGUUUUGUAUAUUUCCAUCAUAUUGAAUUUUAUGGAUUGGUAUGUAAUUUUUUCCUAAUUGUCCCAAUAUAUAUUAUACAAUUGA